UUCUCUUCCCAGAUCCGUUUUCCUUCGGCAAGGAUUCUGGUCCACUUCACGUCGGUUUCACUUUCCGGUUUCAUUUUCAAUCACGGGAACCCCAGGGAAAGAAGCAAGCGGACGCCGCCUCUGUAUAUAAGCCUCUCCAGACUGCGCUGAAGGCAGAGGAAGACGGCUUCGGGCGAGUUCCGCCGCCUGAGUCUCAGCCUCCUGGAAGAGCUGGGCCGUGACCAUGAGUGAGAUCACCAAGAGUUCCUUGGAGCUCAGCCUCCGGCAACUUAAAUGUCACUUCACCUGGAAUUUGAUGGAAGGAGAAGAGUCUUUGGAUGAUUUCGAAAACAGAGUGUGUCAUCAGAUUGAGUUCCAGAACAGUGAGUUCAAGGCCACCACAUGCAACAUAUUGGCCUACCUAAAACACCUCAGGGGCCAGAAUGAGACAGCCUUGCAAUACUUACAGCAAGCGGAAGAGUUCAUCCAGCGAGAGCACGCCGACCGAGCCGAAAUCAGAAGUCUGGUCACCUGGGGAAACUGUGCCUGGGUCUACUAUCACAUGGACAGGCUCUCUGAAGCUCAGCUCUACGUAGAUAAGGUCAAACAAGUCUGCAAGAAGUUUUCCAACCCCUAUAGACUUGAAAGUCCUGAGCUGGAGUGUGAGGAAGGCUGGACCCGAUUGAAGUCUGGGGGAAAGUUUGGUGAAAGGGCUAAAGUGUGUUUUGAGAAGGCUCUGGAAAAGAAACCCCAACACCCAGAAUUCACCUCGGGACUGGCAAUCGUGAACUACCGGCUGGAUAAAUGGCCACCCCAGCAAAACGCGGUGGAUGCCCUGCGGCAAGCCAUGGAGCUGAAUCCAGACAAUGAGUAUGUUAAAGUCCUCCUGGCUCUGAAACUCCUAGAGCUGAACGAAGAAGAUAAAGGGGAUAGUUUAGUGGAAGAAGCCGUGGAGAAAGCCCCAUAUGCUACAGAUGUGCUGCGCAGCGCCGCAAACUUUUAUCGAAAGAAAGGUGCUUUGGACAAAGUUAUAGAAAUGCUUGGGAGAGCUUUAGAUGGCAUGCCAAACAAUGCCUACGUGCAUUACUACAUCGCGUGCUGCCACAGGGCAAAAGUCUUGCAAAUGCAGCAUGAAAGGUUUGGGGAAAAAGAGAAAUUACUGGAACUCGUACACCAAGCUGUGGACCAUUUCAAGAAAGCAGAAAAGCUCAAUGCGAAUCUCCUCAACAUCUACUCCUCUCUUGCCUGCCUCCUUGCACAAGCAGGUCAGUAUGAGGAAGCCGAUUGCUACUUCCAAAAAGAAUUCCGCAGAGAGCUGAGUCCUGUGGUGAUGCAGCUCCUUCACCUGCGCUAUGGCAACUUUCAACUGUACCAAAUGCAUUGUGAAGAAAAGGCCAUCCACCAUUUUAUAGAAGGCAUUAAAAUAAAUAAGAGAUCAAAGCCCAAAGAAAAGAUGAAAGGCAAGCUGGAAAAAAUUGCUAAAAUGCGGCUUUUUCAGAAUAAAGAUGAUCCUAAGGCCUUGAGUCUGUUGAAGGUCCUGGAUGAGCUGAACAGAGAAAUGGAGCAAGCAGAUGAAGAUGCCGAGAGGGGGUUGGACCCCACUGGCCUCCUCCCAUCAGCAUCCAUAGCCCAGGCAGGAGAUGAGGAAUUGGGUGAAGGGGCUCAAAGAGGUGCUGCACGAAGGCAGGGGUGUGAAGCCCCUCCUCCAUGGGCAGGAAAGGGAUAGUGAGAUAUUUAACAUGGACUGAAGUAGAGGGAUCUGAAGGACCCCAAAUGUUGACUCUUGAAUUGCUAGAGGAAUCAUGUAGACGUCUAGGGAGUUCUGGAGAAGGAACCAGAUUUGGGAGUCAGUCCAGGGGAUGGGAAAGGAACUAUUUCCCAAUUGAACACUUGGGUGCAGUUCAUUCCAGGGCAUUCCCUUAAUCACACUCUCUUCCUGUUUGUUACCCUGUGCUAUCUUGAUACCUUGGGUAUAAGCUUUUGUUUGUUUGUUUGUUUGUUUUGUUUAUUUUGGGGGGUAUAUGCUUCUACAAAAGGGACAGAUGCUUCAAAUCGGAAACUGUGUGGCCCACUUUCAAGAUGCUUUUCCAUUCCUGGAGUCCUGUUGGAUUCUGGGCAUGUGGGUUGGAUGUGCUGCGUCCCUCGGAGACCGAAGGACCAAAGCCUGGAAAGGACUCAGGAUCUGCCUCCACCCUCUUCCUCCGUGGCGUGGCCAAUCCUCAGUCUAGACCAGCGGUUCUCAACCUGUGGGUCACAGCCCCUUUGCGGGGUCAAAUGACCCUUUUACAGGGUCGCCUGAGACCAUCAGAAAGCACGUAUUUCAGAUGGUCUCAGGAACAGAGACACUGCUCCUCUAUCUGUCUCCAGGCAGGUCCGCCCACAUGCAGAUAUGCCCAUAAAUGAGUACCC